AUGAACGUCCCGCCCAAGCAACCCACCAACUGGAAUGAGUACGACGGCACUCACCGCGGAUCCUUUGGCUCCAACACCACGAGCAUCCAGUGGAUCGACGAUGACGAUCGGCCGCCGCGCGCCGAGAGCAGCGGCUUUGCGCACCAGCUGCGCGGGAGAAGGUCCUCCAUGUCGAUGCGCUUCAACUCAAUCCGCCACGCCGGCGGCGUGAACAGCAUCGACAAUUUCGCCCGCUCGUGGCAGCGCGCCGCCGGGUUCUACGAGGUCCAGCCCAUAGAGGGGCGUGCAUUCCGCUUCUCUGAGGGCGAGGGCGUUGACGAGAGGCACGACGAUAUCGAGUCCACUCCCGGCGAGCGGCGAUCGCUCCUGCACGAAGCUUUCGUGACCGAAGGCCGCAGAUCGUCUGACAAUGCCGUCGCCACUGACGAGGAUCCCGACGGCCAUGACGACCACCUGCACGCACCGAGAAGCGGUUCUUUCCGCGACCAGAGCAUCUUUUCUAUUGAGCCUUCUCUGUCCUCGCCCUUCGGCAGCAGCUAUGGCACACGCUAUGGCAGUUUUCGUGGAACUAACGACGCCGCCAUCCGCCAAGCAGCGAGGCUCUUCCACGAGCAGCAAUUGAAGGGCACCACUCAGCCAGACCAGGACCGCGAGCCGCUGCUCGUGAAGCAAGUCGAGGAGGACGGCCAUGUCAUCAACGUCGUCGUCGGCCAGUCCACGCUCCCGCAAACAGUCUUCAACUCCGUCAACGUGCUCAUCGGGAUCGGCUUGCUGAGUUUGCCCCUGGCGUUGAAGUACACUGGCUGGGUCAUUGGCCUUUCGUUUUUCUUUUUCUCCGCCAUCGCAACCCAAUACACUGCCAAACUUUUGGCAAAGUGUCUUGACCGUGACAACUCCCUCAUAACCUUUGCCGACCUUGCUUACGUUUCGUUUGGCCACCGUGCGCGCGUUGCUGUCAGCAUCCUGUUCACUCUCGAGCUGCUGGCAGCUUGCGUGGCCCUUGUUGUCCUUUUUGCGGAUAGUCUGGAUGCUCUAGUUCCUGGUCUCGGUAAUUUGGGCUGGAAGAUUGUUUGCGGUAUUAUUUUGAUACCCCUGGGUUUCCUCCCCCUUCGCCUACUCAGUUUCACGAGUGUCCUCGGCAUCCUUUGCUGUCUGGGCAUUGUCCUUACCGUCUUCAUCGAUGGAGCGAUCAAACCCCACCAGCCUGGAUCCCUUCAAGAGCCGGCCACGACGUACCUAUUCCCCGAACACUGGGCUACUGUUCCACUCGGUUUCGGCCUUCUGAUGUCACCUUGGGGCGGUCACAGUGUCUUUCCCAACAUCUACAGGGAUAUGCGCCAUCCUUACAAGUACUCCAAGGCCGUCAACGUCACAUAUUCCUUCACUUUCCUCCUGGAUUUGAGCAUGGCCGUGAUCGGUCUCCUCAUGUUUGGAGAUGGUGUGCGGGAUGAGAUUACGUCCAACGUUCUGCUCACGGAUGGCUACCCACGUUCGCUGUCUAUCCUGAUCAUCGUCUGCAUUGCUAUCAUUCCUUUAACCAAGGUCCCGCUAAAUGCCCGCCCCAUAAUCAGCACCGUCGAAUUAUUCUUUGGUCUCGAUGCACGCACCCUUGCCGUCUCGCCAACCCUCCACGGGUCAUCCGGUCUCAGCAGGGGCAUUCUCAAGAUCACCAUCCGCAUCGUUACAACCGCUGUCUUCGUCAUCAUUGCCAUAAUCUUCCCGUCGUUCGACCGCAUCAUGACUCUCCUCGGCGCAGUUGCCUGCUUCUCCGUGUGCCUCAUCCUACCUCUGGCCUUCCACCUUAAAAUCUUCGGCAAGGAGAUUGGACGAUUUGAGCGCUGGGGCAACUGGGCACUCAUUAUCCUCAGCACUAUCAUGGCCAUAAUUAGUACGGUGUUUGCCUGUUUGCCCAAGGACUUGAUAGUCUCGACAUGA